AUGUGGCUCUGGAGCUGGGCCUGGAGGGGCCUGGGGGUAGCCUGCAAGCCCCCGCUGCCUUCCCAGGGGCCCACCCUCCCUGGGGCUCCGGCCGCACACAGAAGCAGCAGCCCCAGGCCGGUGUCCCUCUCCCACAAUCUGCUGGACUCCAAGAACAGCCGCCAGCCCCUGGUCUUCCUGCCUGGAUUGUUUGGCAGCAAAAUUAAUUUCCAGACCAUCGGCAAGACCCUUCAGCAGCAAACCGGCAGAAAGGUGCUGAUAGUGGAUGCCUGGAACCAUGGAGAGAGCCCACACAGCCCUGAUUCCAGCUAUGAGGCCAUGAAUGCCGACGAGGCCCUCCUGCCCCAUCCUGGCCUGGCCCCCUGGGUCCUCAUCGGAUAUAGCAUGGGGGGCAAGACAGCCAUGAUACUGGUGCUGCAGAGGCCAGAGCUGGUGGAAUGCCUGAUCUCAGUGGACAUCAGCCCAUUGACGACCACAGCCAUCUCAGACUUCUCUUCCUACUUGGUAGCCAUGAAGUCAGUACAGAUACCCGAGGAGCUGCCCCUUUCUCAAGCAUGCAAAGUAGCAGACCAGCAGCUCAGUCCUCUCAUCAAGGAGGAGAGCCAGGUGGCUGCUGAGUCAGGAUGGAGGACACAGGACUCCACUAUAUGGCAAUUCCUCCUCACCAAUCUGGUGAAAGCCAGCAGUGGGCAGUUCAAGUGGAGGGUCAACAUUGAAGCCCUGAUCCACCAGAUGGACAAGAUCUUCGACUUUCCUCAGCUCCAGAAAUCCUACCCUGGUCCCACGCUCUUCCUCAGACGUGCCAAGCAGAAAUUCAUCCAGCCUGAUCAUUUCUCCGAGAUCAAGCAUCUGUUCCCUCAAGCCCAGAUCCUAUCUCUCGCAGGGGCCGGCCACUGGAUCCACGCCGACCAACACCAAGACUUCAUGACCAGUGUUAAAUGCUUCCUGGCCUAG